UUCAUUUUAAAAAACUCUUGAUGAAAAUUUGUGCAAAUUAAAUCACCAGAUGUUGCAACAAAUUAUCAAAAAAAAAAAGUGUUUAAUUAAUUUAUUUGAUUGAAAAAAAUAAAUGUAUAUAAUCCGAUAAAUGAAAUGGAAGAUUUGAGAUGAUAUAAAAAAGGUUAGGAAUUGGAAUAUAAAUUUAUUUGUAAGCGGAUUAAUCAGGAAGACAUAACCUGAGAUAUACCGAGGUCACGAAUAGUGAAAUAAGUAUUAUUUUAAUACGUCCUCGUGAUUUCAGACCAACCUUGCAGCUUUCCAAUCUUAAUUAGGCGACAACCUUGGCACGUCACUGUGUCUCGAGUGUUAAUUUAAUUGUAAACAAAAUUUUGGAGUAAUCCUAUUGAGUUAAAAAAUACAGAACGUAUUUGAAUUGUUGGUGGAAAGUGGCCACGUGUUGCGCAGAAAGAGGCGCAGUAUCUCAGAGAAAGGUGGCUCCACUUGUUUUUGGAGUCUUGAUGUGGACUACAUGUGGUUGUUGUCUUUUAGUGAUGGCAAUAAUUAAAGCAAAUAUAUUGAUUAUCCAAUUACAGUAGAGCUGUAAUUUUGGUUGAAACAUACAAAUAAGACAUAAAUAAGCACAUUUACAAUCAAUUGAAUCAUUUGUCGAUGGCUUUAUAGAGGCAGCUUCAAGUUAAAUUGACCAUGGAGCCACCUAACCUCAAACGAACUCGAUCACAACAGCAUCAGUGUAUAGAAGGAGUGUCUACAAGUAAAAAAGAUAAACCAAUUUCGAAAUCAAGGUCAGUUUCAACUCUAGAUUUCGCAGAACCUCUCGAGGUAACAAGUAGUGAGCGAAUUAUCGAUGACUCUGAUGGAGAUGAACUUGUUUUACAAGAAAUACCUCAAGAAAGGGUUAAAGAAUGGAAAAAAUUAUCUCAGGAUUAUGAUGGUAUUGAUUUUGAAUAUAAAAAAAGAGCUGUGGAAUAUUGGAGAUCAUGCAAAACGAAACACAAAAAAAAAUUUUCUUGUGUUCAAAAAAAAUUUAGGCGAGUUACUUCUGAUCAUCAAUUGAAAAGAUGGGAGAAAUAUGUUUGUCAAGGUGGAACAUAUAGAGAUAAAAUAGCUCAAAUAUCAGAAAUUACUAUUAAAUACUUCAUUGAAGCAGCCAAUAAAAAUGCAUCUAUCACUAAUAAUGAUAUUCGUCGAUGGGCUUUGAUAGCACGAGAUGUUAUUGGACUUGAACCUAAUAAAUUUUGCGCUUCUCUAAAUUGGACAUUGAAUUUUAAAAGACAUUAUGGGAUAGUAAUGAAAAAAAAAGACAAUUCCAAGGAAUAAUAUUUAAAAAGGAAUAAAA